AUGCGUCUUCUGCUAUCGACCGUGCUCCUCGGCGUCGUCGCUCUCGCCCACGGCGCCGCUGACGACUGGGACCGAUGCACAGCCAUCGCAGUCGGCCGAAACGCCUCGACGACGGGCGCACCCAUGACGACCCACGCGUCGGACUGCAGCACCUGCGACUUUCGCAUCGGCAAGGUCCCGGCAAGGACCCACGGGCCCAACGCGACCCGUGACCUGGUCACGUUUCGCCUCGAGUACCCUCGCUACGUCGGAGACGGCCGCGGCGACGUGUACUCGCUCGCCAACGUCGACACGUCAGUGUUCAACUGGACGGCGUCGCCGUCGAUGGGCUCGAUCCCACAAGUGCCAUCGACGCACGCCUAUAUUUCUGGCUUGUACGCGAUCAUGAACGAGCACCAAGUGUCCAUGGGCGAAUGCACGUGCUCUGGGCGACUCAUCAGCGCACCCGUUAGCGCGGGUGGGAAAGCGCUCUUCGACAUCUCGGAGCUUUCGCACGUGGCCAUGGAGCGGGCAACCACGGCGCGGGAAGCGAUCGCAGUCAUGGGCGAGCUGGCCGAGAUGUAUGGGUACUACGGCGCGGUCUGGGACGGUCCCAACGCAGUGUUUGAAGCCGGUGAGACGCUCACGGUCGCCGACACGACCGAGGCGUGGGUCUUCCACAUCCACCCGGAUGACACGGGCGCGUCGGCGGUCUGGGUCGCGCAGCGCGUGCCUGACAACGACAUUGCUGUCAUUGCCAACCAGUUUAUCAUCCAGCACGUCAACUUGAGCGACAACGCCAACUUCAUGGGCUCGAAAAAUAUGGUCGACGUCGCGGUUCGUGCACAAUUGUACGACCCGUCGGUCAACGGGACCUUCAACUUUGCCCGCGUCUACUCGCAUCCGCUCGUGCCCGACCAGUACUACGCCACGCGUCGCCAGUGGCGCGUCCUUACGCUCGCCAACACGCACCUGGAGCUGAGCCCGGUGACGGACGUCUAUGGCCUCAGCUAUCCGUUCUCGACGCCGGUUUCGUCGCGCAUCUCGCCGGAGGACCUCAUGGCGUACCAGCGCGACCACUACGAGGGCACAGCCUACGACCUGACGCAGGGCCCGGCUGCGGGUCCGUACGGCAACCCUGAUCGCUACGACAUCAACUUCAACGGCAACAUGACAAAGGCGACGGCACUAACAGGUCACUUUGAGCGCGCGAUUUCCAUCUUUCGGGCGAGCUACUCCUUUGUGGCGGUGCCAGACAAGUCGAACGCGUACAUGGCGACGCUUUGGUUCGGACAGUACGCGCCGCAUGCAACGUCAUACGUGCCUGUCUACGCCCACGCAAAUGCAAUCCCAGCAGCGAUGGCGACCGGGUCCUUGCACCGAUUCGACAUGACGACGUCCAUGUACUGGGCGUUCGCCGUUGUCGGCAACUGGAUGACGCGCUUCUACGUCGUCAUCUCGCCCGUCGUCCGCGCUGUGCAAGCCGAGCUCGAGAGUGCCCUCUUGCUGCGCCAAGUCAACGUCUCGAACAGUGUGCUUGCACUGGAUGAGAAUGCGACCGCGAUCGCUUCGUACCUCCAGACGCAGUCAGACGCUGCGGCGCAAGCCAUGCAUGCGCGCUUCCAACAGCUCUUCGGACACCUUGUGACGCGCUUCCACGACGGGUACGAGAUGCGCAACCUGACAAAGGCGCCAUCGAUCGCUAUGUCGUCGCUCUUCUACCCCGAGAGCUGGCUCCGCGACGUCGGGUACUUUGACAAGCUGCCGAUGCACUCGCGUGCGGCGCCCGCGACCGUGUCGAGCACCGUCGUGUACGUGUUCGUCGCGCUCGCGCUCGCGGUUUGUGGCAGCGUCGGCUUCUUCAUUGGCGUCAAGUUUUACAUGCGCCAAAAGCACGGCUACACGAGCAUUCUAUGAGCAACUGCAGUAACUAGACGAUCUUGUUUGCAUCCUCUGG